AUGGCCGCCCUCAGCGCGCAGACCUUCUCUCCGGCCGAGGAGACGGAGAUCCAGAAAUGGGUCGCCACCUCGGAGAGCAUCCGGUCCGGCGCCCACGACAAUAACGCCGGCCAUCUCGACGCCCUCGACGCCCACCUCGCCACCCGCACCACCGUCCUCGGCAGCAAGCCCUCCCCAGCCGACGUCUCCCUCUACCGCACCCUCGCCCCCGUCGUCGCCGCCUGGUCCCCCGAUGAGCGCUCCGGCGCCCAGGGCCGCCCCAAUAUCGUCCGCCACCUCGACUUCGUCCAGAACUCGCCCCUCUUUGAGCUCGCCGUCCAGGACAAGGUCGCCGUCGACCAGGACGACGUCCGCUACGUCAAGCCCGUCAUCGACGCCAAGGCGGAGAAGGAGCGCCUCAAGAAGGAGAAGGCCGCCGCCGCUGCUGCCGCCGGUGGUGCGGCUGGAGCUGGUGCGGCCGGUGCCGUCGCCGCCACCACCACCGACCUGGUGGACCGCACAAAGGAAAAGGUGAAAGAGCUGGUCGGCGACGCCAAGGAGGCCGUUGCUGGCGGCGACAAGAAGCAGCAGAAGAAGGAAAAGAAGGAAAAGGCGCCCAAGCAGCCCAAGCCGCAGCCCGCCGCCGCGCCCCUCAGCCCCUCCCUGAUUGAUCUCCGCGUCGGCCAUAUCCUCAAGGCCGUCAACCACCCGGACGCCGACUCGCUCUACGUCUCUACCAUCGCCAUGGGCGACAAACCCGGCGACGACACCACCGAGUACGAGGGUCAGGUGUGCCGCACCGUGUGCUCCGGCCUCAACGGGCUGAUCCCGCUCGCCGAGAUGCAGGGCCGCAAGGUCGUCGUCGUCUGCAACCUCAAGCCCGUCAAGAUGCGCGGCGUCAAGUCGUGCGCCAUGGUGCUGGCCGCCUCCCCGCGCCUCAAGGAGGGCGAGGUCGACGACCACAAGGGCCCCGUCGAGCUCGUCGCCCCGCCCGCGGACAGCAAGGCCGGCGACCGCGUCUUCUUCGAGGGCUGGAGGGGCGAGCCCGAGGGCGUCCUCAACCCCAAGAAGAAGAUCUGGGAGACGUUCCAGCCGGGAUUCACCACCACCGACGCGCUCGACGUCGUCUUUGACGCCUCCGCCGUCGAGGUCCUCGGCAAGACGGACCUGGGCAAGCUUGUCACGGAGAGCGGCGGCGUCUGCACUGUUCAGACUCUCAAGGGCGCUACCGUUAGGUAA